CCAGCGAUUAUUAGCACCUGUUCCUUGAGUUCUAACCGAGUCUUCGCGCCUUCACUGAUACAAACGAAAUCCUGUCCUUCUUCCAGGUCAGCGCAGUGACGAUGCAGUCCCGCGGCGCGACGGACAGCGGACAGCGGCUGACCGUCCGCUUCACCAACCUGUACCGCUACUACCUGGCCAACUCGUACCUGCCGAGCUUCCUGCUGGUGGUGAUCAGCUACUCCACCUUCUACUUCCGCCUGGAGGACUUCAACGAGCGCAUCAUGGUGAGCAUCACGGCCAUGCUGGUGCUGGUCGCCCUCUUCUCGCAGACGUCCAGCACGAUCCUCAAGACGACGUACCUCAAGCUCAUCGACGUCUGGUACAUGGUCUGCAUCGUCGUCGACUUCGUCAUGGUCAUGAUGCUCGCGCUCAUCGACUUCGUCCUCCACAACCGCAACAGCAACCGCGUCCUUGUCAUCCCGCCAUCGAAGAACAGCCGAGGCCGCUACUUCAAGUCGAACGCCGAGAAGCUGAACAAACUCGGCCGCGUCGCCCUCCCGCUGCUGUUCCUGGCCUUCCUGCUCGUCUACGCCGUCGUCGCCUGCGUCAAGUACGUCAUGGGGUAACGGAGAGGGAUAACCAGCAUAGGGUUGUUGAAACAGAGUUAUUGAUGUUGAUA